UUUGACAGUUUUACAGUAAACAUAACCUAUAAUAAUGAAAUGAUCAUAAACUUCCGGGUUUAACCAGAUUUUCAAACGAAUUCCUAAAUUAACCGUUGAUGAAUCGUUGAAUAAAAAAAUUACCUGUGUAAUGUAGAUAAAAUAAAUAAUUAUAAGAUAUGGUGCCAUCAAGGUCAUCCGCAUAUAUAGCGGUCGAAAAAAGACAGAGUGGUGACAUGAGAAAUAACUUAUUUAAAAAAGAGCAUAGAAAAUUAUUCAUGUUUUGGCUCAUCAUUUUGUAAGUAUAAUAUAACCGGAUUUCUGUACUUAGUUUAUUGUGGAUCUUUUUUUAGACUAGUAUGUCUUGUUCUGGCUGUCCUGAUAAUUCUUUUCAUAGUGCUACCUCUUGUUGUAAAAUACUCGUUCAGUAUUCAACAGAAGAUUGUAUUUACCCAUGGUGGUCUGCCAAACAUGCCUAGUUAUUUCACAGAAUACUACUUCCCUGCUUACAGAAAUCUGUAUGUACCAGUAUUAGAUUUGGAUCGAAUUACAAAACAUGUUUUGGGCGUUUGGCAUAUUUUACCAGUAGAAACGGCAUUCGUAGCUCUAAACGACACCAAUUUUGAUUUUGACAAAGCCCUGGCCGAUACAAAAUACGAUGUGAUCAUGUAUUUUCAUGGAACAGGCGAAGCAAGGUCUGAUAGUUCCAGAAAAUAUCAGUUGUUGAGCUACUAUUUUCACGUCAUUGCUUUUGACUACAGAAGCUACGCAGAUUCCUCAAAAGGCACUUUGACAGAAGCAAGAGUUGUGAAUGAUUGUAAGCAGCUAUAUUCUUGGAUUCGCAACAAGACUCAAGCAAACAUUUAUGUUUGGGGUCAGUCUUUGGGAUCAUCACUGGCCGCAAACACAGUGCUUCAAGUGGAGAAAGACGGUUUACAACCUAAAGGACUGAUCUUGGAAUCUGCAUUUACUAGCUUUGAAGAUGAACUGUACGUCCACCCAUAUGGGAAGAUAUUCGCUUGGCUGCCGUGGUUUUACGUCACUGUUGUCAAACCACUGCGCGAGAACGGUUUCAUAUUUGACACAUCAUCCUACUUGAAAAAAAUCAAAUGUAGUGUAAUGAUUUUACAUGCUCAAGAUGACUCUGUUGUGCCGUACAGGUUUGGACGGAAGCUAUACGAAAUUUCUUCGAAUAGAACAGGCACUGCAGCUACGUCCAUAUACCAUGAGUUUGACGCAUCAUUAGAAUAUAACCACUAUUUCAUAUAUCAAGACCCAUUUUUGAAAUAUUAUAUCAUGCAAUUCAUAGGAAAAAACAUUUCCUUAGUACCCGUCAAGGUGCUCUAACAAUUUGAAGGCUUCUAUCAAAGACAUUAAAAGGCUGUGAUUAUGUCUACAUAUGUAUAGCAAAGUUAUGUAUCUAACUUUGAAUCGUUAAAGUAUUGUGUACGCUUUUCGUAUAAUAAAUAAUUUUAGGUAG